UCCUCUUAGGCGGCGCCAUUUUGUGCUCAGAGCCGCCACAGCCGCCGGCGCUGGGGGAAGUCGGUGGGGGAGACGGCAAGCCCACGAUGGCGGAGACUCUGGCAGCAGAGUCGGGCGACUCGGGUUCUAUCGCGACCGCUGUCGGCUCGGGCGCCUCGGAGAGCGGGACGCGACGGCUCAGCGACCUGCGAGUGAUUGAUCUGCGGGCGGAGCUCAAGAAGCGGAACCUGGACACGGGCGGCAACAAGAGCGCCCUGAUGGAGCGGCUCAAGAAGGCAGUUAAGGAAGAAGGGCAAGAUCCUGAUGAAAUUGGCAUGGUCUUAGAUGUCACAGGCAAGAAGAUGACAAAGAAAUAUGUUAAAGGAGAGAAGGCAGACGAGGAAGGCACUGAAGAUAACGGCCUGGAGGAAGAUUCCAGAGAUGGACAGGAGGAGGUGGAAACCAGUCUGGAGAACUUGCAGGACAUGGACAUGAUGGAUAUCAGUGUGUUGGAUGAGGCCGAGGUUGAAGAUAGCAGUGCUCCAGAUUUGGGGGAAGAUGGUGCUGACAACAUUUUUGAUUCUCUUUGUGACAGUAAGGAAUUCGUGGCUGCACAACUGAGACAGCUUCCAGCUCAGCUUACAGAACAUGCUGUGGAUGAGGAAGGCUUCGAGAACACUUUGGAUGCCUCGUCAUUGGACUUCAAAGUAACUCCGGAUAUUGAAGAACCUCUAUUGGAGCCAGAAAAUGAGAAAAUACUCGACAUUUUGGGGGAAACUUGUAAAUCUGAGCCAGUAAAAGAAGAAGGUUCCGAGCUGGAGCAGCCAUUUGCACAGGAUACAAGUAGCGUGGGGCCAGACAGAAAGCUUGCGGAGGAAGAGGACCUUUUUGACAGCGCUCAUCCGGAGGAGGGUGAUUUAGAUUUGGCCAGCGAGUCAACGGCACAAGCUCAGUCGAGCAAGGCAGACCCAGUCACCCUGUUAGCGGUAGUGAAAAGGGAGCCCGUGGAGCAGCCAGGCGAUGGCGAGAGCACGGACUGUGAGCCUGUAGGGCUAGAGAAGCCAGUUGAGCAGAGUAGUACAGCCCCAGAGAACGCAGAAGCCUCUAGCGAGGAGGUCGCGGAAGCGCCCCAGGAAGCCUCAAGCCCGGAACCCAGAGAUAGCAAAGAAGACGUGAAGAAGUUUGAUUUUGAAGCUUGUAAUGAAGUCCCUCCGGCUCCUAAAGAGUCCUCAGCCAGUGAGGGCGCUGAUCAGAAAAUGAGCUCUUUUAAGGAAGAAAAAGACAUAAAGCCAAUCAUUAAAGAUGAAAAAGGUCGUGUUGGUAGCAAUUCUGGUAGAAAUCUGUGGGUCAGCGGGCUGUCUUCAACCACGCGUGCGACCGAUCUGAAGAACCUGUUCAGCAUAUAUGGAAAGGUUGUUGGAGCCAAAGUGGUAACUAACGCCCGCAGCCCUGGGGCUCGAUGCUAUGGGUUUGUUACCAUGUCUACGGCUGAUGAGGCCACAAAGUGUAUUAACCACCUCCACAGAACCGAGCUGCAUGGGAGAAUGAUCUCCGUCGAAAAGGCCAAGAACGAGCCCGCUGGGAGAAAGCUCUCUGACAGAAAGGAGUGCGACGUGAAAAAGGAGAAAUCAUCUAGUGUUGACAGACAUCAUUCUGUGGAGAUCAAAAUUGAAAAAACUGUCAUUAAGAAGGAAGAGAAGAUUGAGAAAAAGGAGGAAAAAAGGCCUGAAGACAUUAAACAGGAAGAAAAAGACCAAGAGGAGCUGAAGCCAGGACCUGCAGAUUGGUCUAGAGUCACCAAAUCAGGAAGCCGAGGAAUGGAACGGACAGUCGUAAUGGAUAAAUCGAAAGGAGAGCCUGUCAUUAGUGUGAAAACCACAAGCAGGUCAAAAGAGAGAAGCUCCAAGAGUCAGGACCGCAAAUCAGAGAGCAAAGAGAAGAGAGACAUCUUGUCGUUUGACAAAAUCAAAGAGCAGAGGGAACGGGAGCGCCAGAGGCAGCGGGAACGGGAAAUCCGGGAAACGGAGAGGCGGCGAGAGCGCGAGCAGCGGGAGAGGGAGCGGCGCAUCGAGGCCUUCCACAGGAAGAAGGAGAAGGCCCGGCUGCGGCGUGAGCGGCUGCAGCUGGAGGGCCACCGGGAGCGGCUGGAGCGUGAGCGGAUGCGCGUGGAGCGCGAGCGCAGGAAAGAGCAGGAGCGCAUCCACCGCGAGCGGGAGGAGCUGCGGCGCCAGCAGGAGCAGCUGCGCUACGAGCAGGAGCGGCGGCCGGCCCUCCGCAGGCCCUACGACGACGGGCGCCGCGAUGGCACCUAUUGGCCAGAAGGAAAGCGUGCGGCAAUGGGGGACAGGUACCGCCCCGACUUCCCCCGGCCCGAUCACUGCUUCCACGACUUUGAUCACCGCGACCGGAGCCAGUACCAGGACCACAUGGGCGACAGGAGGGAAGGUUCCAGAUCAGUGAUGGGAGAGCGGGACGGGCAGCACUACUCAGAUGAGCGCCACGGCCAUGGCGGAUCCCCAGAGCACCACGGUCGGGACUCCCACGACAGCUGGGGAGGCUACGGCUCUGACAAGAGGAUGAGUGAAGGCCGGACGCUGCCUCCUGCUCCCAGGAGUGGACGUGACUGGGGAGAGCACAAUCCCCGGCUGGAAGACAGCCAGGAGCACACCUGGCAGGGCAGCGGGGAUGCAGGCGCGGCUGGCCGGGAGCAAAACGCCAGGUGGCAAGGUGGCGAGAGAGGCUUGUCUGGCCCCGCAGGGCCAGCGCACCUGGCGACCCGGGGCGGGAUGUCGGGGCGAGGCGGCUUUGCACAGGGGGGCCAUUCCCAGGACCACGUGGCACCCGGUGGCGGACUGGAAGGCGGAGGACCGGCCGGCCAGGACCGUGGCAGCAGGGGCCCCCACCCCCACCCCCACCCAUACCCUCACUUUCCCCGCCGCUACUGAACCCCACGCAGUCCGCGCCUGCAGGUAGGCAGAAGCACUGUUGAACCUGUUAGCCAGAGUUACCUUGAACUUGUGGAAUCUUUUAAAAAGCAAAAACAAAUUCUACCACCAUAUUGUAGCUCAAUACAAUGUGAACUCACCUUUUUUGUUUUUGUUUUGUUUUUUUGUAAUAAAUGUGUUCUCUGCCGUUUUUAAGACAAGGUUUCUGUUAAUGAGGCAUUCCAUUUUCCAUUAAUAAAGUGUUUACGGUUCUCA